UACCACAAAGCCUGAUAAUCCGAAACCCUAACGAACUUCCAUCCCCUCUUUUAAAAGACGAUGAUUCUAGGGUUUUGAGUUCUUUGCCUACACACUCAAUACUCUCCGCCGAUCGUAUUUUGCGAUCGAGAGUGGAACGGAAAGAUGCCGGCCGGACAUGGAUUGAGGUCAAGGACUAGGGAUUUGUUCGCAAGAGGAUUCAGGAAGAAGGGUACCAUUCAUCUCUCCACAUAUCUCAGAACUUAUCACGUCGGAGAUUAUGUCGAUGUCAAGGUGAACGGCGCCAUUCACAAAGGUAUGCCUCAUAAGUUCUACCACGGCCGUACCGGCCAGGUAUGGAACGUCACCAAGCGCGCCAUUGGUGUCGAAAUGAACAAGCAGGUUGGAAACAGGAUCAUCAAGAAGAGGAUUCAUGUCCGAAUUGAGCAUGUGAUGCCAUCAAGGUGCACUGAAGAGUUCAAAAAUCGGGUAAAGAAGAAUGAUGUUUUAAAGGCAGAAGCAAAGGCUAAGGGUGUGGUAAUUAGUACUAAAAGGCAACCUUUGGGACCCAAACCAGGGUUUAUGGUUGAAGGAACUACUCUAGAGACUGUUACUCCCAUUCCUUAUGAUGUUGUCAAUGAUCUUAAAGGUGGGUAUUAAGUUUAAACUUUGUUGGGGUUUUGUUUAUUUUUGUUUUGAUACAUUUGGAAACAUUAAAACCGGUAUUUUGUUUUCUUGUUCUUUAUCUAUAAUUUAGAGUCAUGUUUGCUAUGUUAGAGAUUUGAAAUGAGUUAUGGUUAUAAGAUACAUCUUUGAUUUAUUUUGUUUUGUGGGCA